CAAGCAAGCGAGGAAGAAUUAGCACGAAUCGCAUGACCGCGCAGGGCUAAUUUAAUGACAGCCCUCAGCCCAGCCUCGCCCCGCCCGCUAAUGACAGCGACGGCGGCAUCUCGCUGUCUCCCGGUGACGAAGAUAAGACGAAGGGGUCGGGGGAGGCGGAGAGCAGCAGAGCUAAGCGCGGCUACAACUAUAAGCUUAGCGGUUUUAUCCGGUUUACUAGAGCUUAAGUUAGGUGGGCUUGUGUCUCGUGCGCUUUGCUUCUCAGGCACCAGCUCAGCGCAAGCCAAUACACACACAUGCAUCCCCGCUCGAAUACGCGUCUGGCCGCCUCCGCUGUGCUUGUUAGCAUGCCGCUUUUCACCAUGGCGGCCCGCACGCUUCCUUCCCGCUUCUUUACCAACCCUUAUAUACCCCCGGCACCCCCUCGCCCAUCCCAUGACACCUCUUGCCCCGCACGAGCUGCAAACGCGCAACACUCGAAUAGCUAGCUGACAGCUGCUGGGGAGGGAGGGAGGGAUAUACCUGUGCGCGUGCACGCGCCAUAGAUAGGUAGGUGCACUGACUCCACUGCUGCAGGAGCUGAAUUUGGCACAUGUCAGCAGGUGCCCAAACAGAUGGGCGUGCCCUAACGGUUCAUGGCUGAGAAGCAGCCGCCGGCACCCCAUUCUCCUUCCCCGGCGGUGCAGGUGCAACCGGCCGGGCCGGCAGCCGGCGGCCACAGCCACCACCAGGCGGCUUCUGCUUCGGCUUCGGGCCCAGCCUCGCCUCAUUCCCCUUCUCCGGUGGUGCAGCAGGGCGACGGGACGUCGUCGGCGCGGGCAGCUGCCAUCACGGCUCCGCCGAUGGCGACGACGACCGCGACGAGCUCGGGGGAGCCGUCGCCGCGGUCGUCCGGGAAGCACGCAUUCUACCGAGGCAUACGGUGCCGGAGCGGCAAGUGGGUGUCGGAGAUCCGGGAGCCCCGCAAGGCGCGGCGCAUAUGGCUCGGCACGUACCCGAUGGCGGAGAUGGCCGCGGCCGCCUACGACGUGGCGGCCCGCGCGCUCCGCGGCGCCGACGCCGUGCUCAACUUCCCCGGCGCGAUCGCCUCGCGCGCGGCCCCAGCGUCCGCGUCCCCCGAGGACAUACGCGCCGCGGCGGCCGCGGCCGCGGCCGCCGCGCAGCUCGAGUACUCGCAUCAGGGUCGUACCGCCAAUCCUCCUCCUCCUCCUGCUUCUCCUCCUUCUCCUGCUGCUGCUGCUGCACAGGACUGGCAUCAACAGCACGACGCGGCGGCGAGCUACACGCCGCAGCAGGAGGCCGGCACUGACGAGUUCAUGGACGAAGAGGCCAUCUUCGAGAUGCCGCAGCUCCUGCGGAACAUGGCGGCGGGGAUGAUGAUGAGCCCGCCGAGGCUCAGCCCCGACACCUCCGACGAGUCGCCCGACCCGUCCGAGGCCGGGGAGAGCCUCUGGAGCUACCGUGACCCGUAGAUUGUUGCACACCUAGCUAGCUAGGCCAUGGCAGCACCAGCAGUGUGGUAAUAACACAAACCAUCAUAGUGAACUACUAGUACACCACCGGCAGGUAGCAAACCAGAGAAGUUGAUUAUUAUGGCGACAACAGGAGUACAUGGAUAUGGAUGGACGGGUACAUGCAUGGACCCCGGCCGGUGCACCGCAGCGUACGUCCUCUCUGUAUAUCUGCUGAUACACGAGUGUAUGCUGCCUAUAAGCUAGCAUGCAUAGUGUGACAUGCUCGCUAGUAAUAGUAUAGUUACCACCAGAGUCUUCUUCUUAUUCCGCUCCAGCUGCAUUCCGUAUUUAUUUUACAUUUUUUUACUUUGAUGUGAUUAUUCGGCAUGAUUGAGCGAGUCCAAUUGUUGUCGCAGCUAGCUGCUCUAGUUUUCUUUAAUAGCAAGCGCACAUGUUUUUUGAUGUGCCAAGUGGAUCGUAGUAGGGUGCCAUAUUGUGUCUGUAGACAAGAAAAUUAUAUCUGUGAUUGUAUGGGCCCAUGGUUCGGAUAAGAAAAAUAUAUAGGCGUGCACAUAUGCAUGCUCCACUUUCCUUUCUUUUUAA